AAAUGGGAUUGUUGACGUUACAUUAUAUUUUUUCGUACAUUUAGUGUUGUGCUACCUUUCCGAGGGAUUUUGUGCAACGCGCAUCUAUGCGUGAAAGCGGACGGUACGUUGAAUCGUAUCAAGACCGGUUUACACGAGGGUGAAUAGGGCGCCGGGACGAUUGACGUCAGUCUAGAGCGAACAGCUGUCUGCGAAUUCUGUCAGAACGGUCGAUAUAGUUUGGUCCAGUCUUUUAUUUGAUUUUUUCAAGGGUCGCAGGACGUUUACGCAGUAAAGCGCGCCAGCUGGAGGCUCUGACAUACGGUGAUAAGUGUGUAGUAAUGUAUUUAUAAAAUGGAUAAUAUAUUUGGUAAGGAUGACUCCGAAAAUGAAAAUGAGCUCAUUGAUAUUGAGUAUAAGGAUGAGAAGGAUGGUUCAAUUUUGAUGAAUAAGGAUACUGAUAAUAUGGAUAUUGAUAAUAUACCUAUUAAGAUGGAAUCCGACGCUAUGAGCUCUCAUUCGCAGUCUGACACGGAGGAUAUGGGUUCUAGUUCUAUUGGUACGGGAAUAUUGAUAGAGGAAGAGUUGGACAUUGUCAAGCAUGAGCUUACCAAGGAGGAACAUGAACAAAGUGCAGAGGAUUUGUUUGGCAACGAUAUUAUGCUACCGCACUCAAUGCCCACUAAUAUCAAAGACAGAAGGGAGAGUAAAGAAAAAAGCAAGAAGGAGUUAGAAGAAGAGGAGAGAGAAAAGAUGCAGGUUUUAGUUUCUAAUUUUACGGAAGAUCAACUCGAUAGGUAUGAGAUGUACAGGCGAGCUGCUUUUCCCAAAGCAGCAAUUAAAAGGAUCAUGCAAACCAUCACAGGCUGCUCAGUCUCACAAAAUGUUGUUAUUGCGAUGUCUGGUAUUGCCAAAGUUUUUGUUGGUGAAAUAGUCGAAGAAGCCCUUGACGUGAUGGAAGCUCAUGAGGAAACUGGACCGCUGCAACCAAAACAUCUACGGGAAGCAGUGCGAAGAUUGAGACUUCAAGGUCAAAUUCCAAAUGGCAGAGCCCACAAGGCCUUUUUUAGACUUUAAAUGUAAUACAGCCAGAACGCAGCAUUUGUCGGUAAAACUAGUAGUACAAAGUUUGUAUCAGAUUAAUCGAAAUUCAUUCUUGCGGUAACAAAAUAUUUCAUCCUUUUAAACGAAAAGGAAUUUUUUGCUCUAAAAUACUAUUCAAAAGGGAUUCUUAGAAUAGUUUUUCUCUUAACAAAAUGCGAUGAGCCAAUCAAUAGUAUUUAUGUGACUAGACAGAAUAUGUGUAGCAUCAGAAAACAAUAUUUUACAAAUGAACGAUUUGCAAUCGACUUCAAGAGAAUAGCAAUGUCUAUAAAAUUGUAUAUUUUUCCUAAUUAUCCAUGAAACGUUGAAUCGUACAGUCGAAUAAUCUAUUUACUCUUUUUCAUUUUUUUAAUACGGUUUGUCAUUACUUUAAGAAGAAUAAAUUAUUUUUCUACGUUUCUACUUUUGGUUAUCAACUAUUAAUUAUGCGUGCAUUUAUUCGUUAUUCUUUGUGUGCCCACUUGCGUGUACUUUAUAUCGAAAGCUUUUCAUUUAUCCAAUUCGAGUAGAUGUAACUGUACUCGAAGCUUCAUCAUUAAACAUUUCCACCAUUUUUCAUUACAGCCAAGAAAUAGCUGUGCUUCGAUUAAUUCUACUCAAUUAAAUGAAAAAUUCUCAUUGUGCCGUACAGAAUGUCUCGCUUCUUAUUUUUCCCGUGAACAAUGAAGCAAGUAUACAAAAUCAAAUGGUUCCUCCAAACGGGCUAGUUAAGUCUUCAGUAGAUCAGACAAAAUAUAUAAUUACAAUAUUUGAUAGGACUAGUAGACUCAUGUAAAUAGAUGAAAAAUGAUAUUAUCGAAAAAGAAUAUAUAUAUAUUAAAAAUAAUAAGAGAUGUAAGUUUAGAACAGAUAUUUAGUCAAUAAACUCAUACUGAAC